GUUGAGCUUUAAGGGCAUUUGAGGUAUAAUUAUAGAGACGUAAUGUCGACUGGGGUGGACAUAAUCGUUUACAAUUACGCCGCCGGAAUCAUUGUCUUAAUAAUGGAUAAUUGUUCUAAUGACGGGAAAAACUCAUACCAGGAAUUCUAACGACGAACACACCCAUCAUCAAAGCGACGCCUUGCACCACAACAGCAAAUAGCUAAAGUUUGUCCUCUAGACGAGAUGGAAUCCUACGCCAGCCAAGAUGAAGAACAGGCGGAACAUGACAUAUUUUCAGAGGAAAGUCGUUCCCUUCCGAAAGAGAAGAGUCCACUGCAGAGGCAUUUCCUUUGCCUCGUUAAAGAUGGUGUCCUUGAGGAGGUGGAAGCGAUGUUAAGAGACAACCUUGAUGACUUGUCCUUCACCAUCAACUGCCUGGACCCAUGUGGCCGUUCUGCUGUAGAACUGGCGACGAUCCGGGGUAACCAGGAGAUGGUGGAGACAUUACUGAGACAUGGAGCGGACUUGGGAGACUCGCUACUGUACGCUGUGGACUUGGAGAAGGAAGACAUCGUCAAAAUUUUGCUGAGUCAUAAGUGGCCAACAAACAGCACUGAGAAGGGCACACCCAAAGAGUCGCUCUUUUCCUCUCACGUCACACCAGUCCUCCUAGCGGCGCAUCGCAACAACUACAGCAUCCUAAAACUCCUCCUGGAUCACCAGUGCCCUCUACCCCGCAUUGGUGACGUCAGAGGUUCGACCAACCACAGAGUCAUGCUUGACUACUACCGCGCCGUCACCAGCCCUUCUUUCAUUCUCCUCACCAGCCAAGAUCCCUUCGAAACCGCCUUCAAGCUCAAGGAGGAACUGAACAACAUCGUCUCUUGUCUGGAGACUGGAAAAAGAAAAUUUCAAGAACUCUCUGUCCGUCUUGAGGAGUUUAUUGCAGAGCUUAUUGAUUUCGCCAGGUGUCCUGAGGAGGUCAUGACCGUCUUGAACGGUGGGGACAACAUGGAAGACAUCGCAGGAUUGCGCAUGCGUCAACUUCGAAAGGCUAUUGCUGUAGGAUAUAAGAAGUUCGUGGCGAACGACAAGUGCCAGGAGUUGCUGAAUCUGCAGUUCUACCGGUACCAUCCCUGGAUCUUGCAUAGUUCUAAGUUGAAGAAGAGUCUUGCCGUUUUGGUAUGGUGCCUUUUUAAUGACUUCAAAUGGUACCUCGUUACACAAGGUAUUCUUUGA